AUGGGACACUCAACCAAGGAGUGCACUAUCAACAAACCCAAAUCUAUCAAGCCACCGGUUAAUGUAUAUGUACCCAAAGUGGGAGCACUGCGAGGCCCAGUGGUGACUGAAAGAACUAGAGACCAACCAACACCUCACACUGUGAAGCAGCAGACAGAAGACCGUGAAACACGUGUUCGCAUUAAUAACUGUGCUAAUAUCCAAUCAUUCUUGAUGCCUCAUUGGAAAUGGUUUAUGGAUUAUGACAAUGUGGGAAACCAGUUUAUACACUGUCGUGCCAAUAUUAGAGCAUUACUAGAAUUUGUUGAUAUUACUAUUGUGUAUGGUGCUACUGAGAUCGCUGACAGGCGAGAAUUAUGGGCCUCUCUAGAAUGCUUAGCUUUACAAUGCAUUAAUACUCCCUGGCUGGUUGGAGGUGACUUCAAUGCAGUCAGGGAUCUCAGUGAGGGUGAAUGGUAUACAUGGCAUAAUCGAAGUGUUGGUCCUCGCAACUUGUGGAAGCGACUUGAUCGUAUGCUAACCAAUGAUACAUGGACUGUGCGGUUUCCAUCAGUCUUCUAUCAAUGCCUCACACCACGGACAUCGGAUCACUCGCCGAUGUUAAUUAAUGGGGAUAAUCAGCAGCGAUUUGAAGCUAUGUUCCGUCGGCUUGUGUAUGCAAAGGCGGCCGAAUUGGAGAGGAUCAUGCUGCAGCAGAGGGCAAAGAUGGAAUGGAUGAAGGGUGGUGACCAGUGUUCCAGAGUGUUCUUUUGUAAAAUUGCCCAAAGACGGACAACUAGACGAAUCUUGCAAAUUAAUGAUGCCCAAGGAAUUACAAUUACGGAACCAAAUGCAGUCAUACAUGAAUUUAUCUCCUACUAUCAGUCCUUGCUAGGGGGAGACAGGCGUCAGAGGGUGAUGGACCUUCGGUUUCUUCGGCCUUGGACGAGGCAUAUCAUAACAACUGAGGAGGAAGGCCACCUACUGGAACCGUUCAGUGCAGAGGAUAUAAAAAAAGCUGUUUUUGACAUCGGCGAGGAUAAAGCACCUGGACCUGAUGGGUAUUCAUCAGGAUUCUAUAAAAACGCCUGGCCGAUGGUGGGACAGGAGGUAACGAAGGCAGUACUGGAGUUCUUUUCUACGGGGAAGCUUCUUAAGCAGAUUAAUAGCACAAUAUUGACGGUUAUCCCCAAGGUACACUUUCCCACGUCUGUCACAGAUUUUUGCCCUAUCUCCUGCUGUAACGUACUUUAUAAAAUCAUUGCUAAACUUAUUGUCCAAAAACUGAGUGUGGUUUUGGACAAGAUUAUCAGCCCCUGCCAAGCAGCGUUUGUCCCUAGCCGGAGCAUAGGGGACAAUGUUAUGUUAGCACAGGAACUCUUCACUGGUUAUAAUCAGGCCCGACUCCCACCGAGAUGUGCUUUGAAAGUUGAUAUUCGGAAGGCGUAUGACACUGUCGAGUGGGAUUUCUUGCUAUCGGUGCUUCAGCUAUUCGGCUUCCCAGAGAUAUUCAGUCGAUGGAUUAAGGAGUGGGUUAUUAAAGACAUUGAGAAGAGAUUGCGAGUUUUCUUAUGGAGAGGUACAGGAAAUAGUGGAUACUCUAAAGUUGCAUGGAAGGAGAUUUGCAAACCAAAGGAGGAGGGAGGCCUUGGCCUUAAGGAUAUGAGUACUCUUAAUCGAGCAUUGAUGUGCAAAAAGCUCUGUGAAGUCAUCCGAUGUGAUAGGACUUCUAUUUGGGUCGAGUGGUUGCGGCAUGGCCGCCUACGAGAUGAUUUGAUAUGGACUAUCCCGGAGAAUCGUGGGCCAUGGGGAUGGAGAAAAAUUUUGCGAUUGAGAGGCUCGUUACGCUCAGUGGUGGAAUAUCGUAUUGAUUUAGUAGAAGAUGCCUCAGUAGUAUUCGGCGCAUUGUACGAUUCCAGUGGCCUAAUAGGGAUUGGGUCACAGAUGUUGAAUGGGGUGCAAGAAAAUAGCGUGGGAAGCACAUCAUCAAUAUAUCCUACCGAUGCCUGCUAG